CUUAUCUUUUUUUUUUAAAUCAUUUCAAGUCUGUUCAAUCCCUGAUGGCAGCCGUCAAUGAUGGGUCCUCGUCGAGCGUUGUUGGCGACAGUCAUUCUUGGUAUUCUCUCUUUGGAGCCGAGGAGGACAAAAGUUUGGAGUAUUUUAAGCCGGAACUUAUCAAUAGAUUGAUGCGAAUCUCCAUAUUCGUUAUGGAAGCAGGAGCAAAGUAUUUGGAGCACAGCUCAUGAGUCCUUUUUUUAGUGGUUCUCCGUCUCUUGCCACGAUCCGAUCUUAUGAAAAUUGGCUAUGGGGACAAGAGGGGGAGCUGAAGCUCUCUUGGUUUGAAGAUCACUUUGUAAUAUUUUAGUUUCCUUCGGAGCCUGUGGCUCGCUGGGUGUUUAAAGGAGGUCUUUGGCACUAUUGUAACAAAAUGUUAUGCUUACCAAAGUGGGUGUCGGGUAUCCAAGCCCUAAAGAUCAACAACUGAACUAUCCCAAUUUGGGUGAAACUCUCUAGUUUUCAAGUUGAAUUGUCAUCAAAGAAGGGUUUGGGUCAUGUUGUCAAUCUAAUUGACAAGUCUUUUGUAUGUAUUAACCAACGAGAUUUGGAAACAAGGUGGGAUCAGUGAAAAUAUGUGUGGAGGUAAGCGCCAAAAUAUAGAAGGUAGAUUGAAUCAGUACUACCCUUGAUGGCCUGAAUGAUAUUUUUAUCUUAGUAGAAUACUGUCAUGCCCCUAGUUGUUUGUCAUUCUUAUUGUGUCUUUGGGCAUGAUUGUGCUUUACCAAUUGAGGGAAAAACAAAUAGAGCCUGGAAAAGAAAGAUGUCAAGAAGGUGGAUAUAUGUAGUAGUUCAGGUGUUAAGGAUCAAGAUGAUCUAAAGCAAGCUAUGAGACAGAGUAUUCGGAUUAAUUCAGAACAAGUGGAGAUUCCUCUAGUCACUCCUAGUGCAAUGCCUUCCCAUAAGUUUAACAUUGUGCAAAGAGUAUUCCUCUGUUCGGUUAAAAGGUCCACCCGUCAGGACUGGGCGUGAGGGUUUGACCACUUUUACAUGAAAUCCAAACCAAACCAUAUUAUAUCCAAUCUUAUUUGGUUGAACCAAAAUAUCAAUUUACGUAAACCUCUGUUGUGUAAACCGAACCGUUGUAAAAAAACCGCAGUUCAGAUUCCCUAAGGAGCGAUUGGAGGGGUCCACCACGGCUACAGCCGCUGAUGGAGGCGAGAUUCAGAAGACAGAAAAUAUGGCGGGCGGGAUUGACUUCAGCGGUGGAUGCGCUCUCGCACGAUGGCUCACGGUGGUGAUGGAUUGGAGGCCACUGUUUCCGGGCGAUCACGUGGGUUCAGCGGCAGGAGGCGUGACAGUUGCGGGCGAUCGGACGGUUGGCGUCCGUUCCCACCCGGACCGAGGCUGUUACCACCAGGUUCUUAUGGAACUCUGUUGUGAAGGCAGCCACCAAAGCAUGUCUCCAGACGUUUCCAAGCCCGACUUAGUUGUCUCCAUAGCAAUAAGGUUCAGUUCAGGAUAUUCUACCUCUUCAAGGGUGACCCAAUCAGUUAUUGUAGCAGAUAUGAAGCCUUAUUUUGACUGAACGGUUUCUUUGAUUUCCCUCUCUCCGGUAACCUUCCAGUUCAUGUUAAUUCAGCGAAUUUGGCCUAGCUUUCCUUGAGGCAUUUACAUACUACUUUGUUAUUACCGCCAGUGGCUUAUGGACCUGAUUGAAUCCUUUUUCAGGAAGAUAUUCAGUGCCAUCGAGUGGCGAUACUUCGUUUAUUCGUUUUGCAGGCCUCACCAAUGGCGGAGCUGAUGAUAUAUCGACACAAGGGAUGGCAAUUUGACGGACUAGUGUAUAGCAACGGCGAUUCCGUUCCCUCUUCGUGAUUUCAAUUCCCCCAUCCAAACUCCGGUGGUAGUUACAAAUUUGGAGCCUUCAGUCCUAAAUGUAGAUCGCUUCGGACGGUUACAAGUUUAGGACUUUUAUUUCUUACUCACUAAUAUAUUUAAUUAUACACU